GAAAGGUGAAGCAAAUCUAGCUGCGUGCUUGUGUCUUAACACGUCUCUUUCCUGGUUAGGCGCCCGGUAGUCAACUAACAAGCGAGACAGUCUGGUAUGUACUUGUGUUUACUUGCAAACAACAUAAACCAAUCGGGAUGUCAAUUUAAGAUUGUCGCUCGUCAGCUUAUCAAAUACACUGCUAGCAGAGUUAGCUCGAACCAACCGGCCCGUUACCUUCCACGUUGUUCGUCUGUGUUAUCAGAAGACGUCAACAUGCUACCUGACAAAGACGGACCAGGGGUAGCAGGUAGACAAAUAUGUCCCGAGGGCGAAGAACCUUCUGUUAGUCUCUUCAGAGAGUACCUCCGCCUCAGGACGGUCCAUCCAGAACCAGACUAUGAUAGUGCGCUGAGGUUUCUGGAUCGAAUCGCAGGGGAACUCGGAUUGCCCAUUAAGAAGAUAGAGGUUUGUCCAGGCAAAGUUGUGUCCAUCUUGACCUGGCAAGGGACAAACCCCAACUUGAAAUCAAUUUUAUUGAAUUCCCACACAGAUGUCGUUCCUGUUUUCCAGGAGCAUUGGAAAUACGAUGCUUUCAGUGCUUUCAAAGAUGCAGACGGCAACAUUUACGGCCGCGGCUCGCAGGACAUGAAAUGUGUGUCAAUUCAGUACAUUCAGGCUGUGAGACAGCUGAAGGCGGAGGGGCAGAAAUUUGCGCGGACUGUGCACUUAAUGUUUGUUCCUGAUGAAGAGGUUGGUGGUGAGAAAGGCAUGGAAACAUUUGUGAAGCAUCCCGAGUUCCAGAAAUUAAACAUCGGCUUUGCCCUAGAUGAAGGUCUGGCCAACCCCGGUAAUGCUUUCACCGUCUUUUAUGGAGAAAGGAAUCCCUGGUGGAUUACCAUCCACUGUCCUGGUAAUCCCGGUCACGGUUCGAGGUUUGUGGAAAACACGGCGGCUGAGAAGCUUCGCUGCAUCAUCAACUCUUUCCUGGCUUUCAGAGAGAAAGAGAAACAUAGGCUAAACACCAGCCAGUGUUUCACGCUCGGUGACGUCACCUCAGUUAAUAUGACCAUGGUGAAAGGGGGUGUGGCCUAUAAUGUCAUUCCAGCUGAAAUAGAUGUCAGCUUUGACCUGAGAAUUCCACCAACAGUAAAUCUACAGGAGUUUGAGAAAGUGAUCCAGGGGUGGUGUAAAGAAGCAGGCGAUGGUAUCACGUAUGACUUUGCUCAGAAACACAUGGACCAGAACAUUACGUCCACAGGUGAAAGUGACCCCUGGUGGAGUGCUUUUAGUCAAGCCUGCAAAGAAAUGGAUUGGACUAUUCAGAAGGAGAUAUUUCCCGCUGCUACAGACAGCCGCUUUAUCCGAGCUGUCGGGAUUCCUGCCAUUGGCUUCUCCCCAAUGAACCACACGCCCAUUCUGCUGCACGACCACAACGAAUUUCUGAACGAACGCGUCUUCCUGAAAGGUAUCGACGUGUACAAAAAGCUCAUCCCAGCUCUUGCCAAUGUACCCGCCUCUCCAAAUGAGGCCUAAGGAUAACCAAAGAAUGAUCACAUAGACCACAAAUCAAGCCUUGGCAAUCUUGAUUGCUUUAUUCGAUCUCAGGUUUAUAGUUUUUUCAAUUCAUUCUCACAGUUAAUGUGCUUAACUUAAAAGAUGCAUCCGCUAUGGCAAUUUGUUUGUCUGACUGUUUUAAACUCAUUUGGCACAGAUGUCGAGAUAAAUGACAGAUAAUUGAAAAACACUUACUGAAUCAACUUUCCACCACUAGUAUUUUAUUUAAUAAAUAUAUCUGAUUCCAUGGG